GGUCGAUCCAGAUACAUUUGUCCCGCGUAACUAGGUGUUAAUCCGAAUCCCCGUCAAGUCAGUGUCGUUCGUUGGUCGUAGUUGUCCCGUAUGAAGAAGUGCGCAGUCGUGUGCUUGCUGGGCCUGUUGGCUCUGGCAGGUGCAAAAUCCGCCGUGAAACAAGAUGGUCACGAUCACGAUAUGCCGGAGUUGGAUUGGUGGGAGGGUGGAGUGUUCUACCAGAUCUAUCCGCGGUCGUUCAAGGAUACCAACAACGACGGCGUAGGGGAUAUUGCCGGAAUCAUGGAGAAGCUGGACCAUUUGGUGGAUCUGGGAGUGACGGGAGUGUGGUUCAGUCCGCUGUUCAAGUCACCGAUGAAGGAUUUCGGGUACGAUAUUUCCGACUUUAAGGAUGUCGACCCGACGUUCGGUACGUUGGAGGAUCUGAAAGCUUUGAUCAAGAAGGCCAAGGAGUUGGGUAUCAAGGUGAUCUUGGACUUUGUUCCGAAUCAUACUAGCGACGAACACGAGUGGUUCAAGAAGGCACUGGCUGAUGAUCCGGAUUAUAUUGAUUACUAUGUGUGGAAGGAUGGAAAUGCCGAAGGAGGUCCACCGAAUAAUUGGCAAUCCGUGUUCCACACUGAUGCGUGGACCAAACCGGCCGGUAAGUCCAAGUACUAUCUGCACCAGUUCGACAAGGGCCAACCGGAUUUGAACUACGAAAACCCGAAGGUCAAGGCAGAGAUGGAGGAGAUGCUCCAUUUCUGGUUUGAAUUGGGCGUGGAUGGUUUCCGCAUCGAUGCCAUCAACCACGCUUAUGAGGACGCAGGUUUCUUGGACGAACCGAUCAUUGAUGAAAACAAGGGACUGUUCUACGAAAACAUGGAACACAUCUACACGAUGAACCAGAAUGAAUCGUAUGAGCUGAUCUACGAUUGGCGCGUGGUUUUCGAUGAGUGGUCGGAAAAGUCGAACCAAACCAAGCUGAUGAUGACGGAAGCGUAUGCCAAUAUGGAGCAAACCAUGCGCUGGUACGGUGAUGGCAAACGUAACGGAUCGCACUUCCCAUUCAACUUUGCCAUGAUCAACCGGAUUGAGAGCAGCUCCAAUGCUGCCGACUUUAAGGAAGUCAUUGACGAGUGGUUGGAUAACAUGCCGGAAGGAGGUAACGCUAACUGGGUGCUGGGAAAUCACGAUCGUCCACGUAUUGCUUCGCGAUUUGGUCGGGAUCGUGCUGCUAGCUUUGCCAUUAUGGAAAUGACUUUGCCAGGCAUUGCCGUCGUCUACUAUGGGGAGGAAAUCGGCAUGGAGGACUACCGUGACAUCAGCUUCGAAGAUACACAGGACCCUCAAGCUGCCAACACCAACAAGGAAAUUUAUCAGUUGUAUACUCGUGACCCGGUGAGAACUCCUUUCCAGUGGGACAAUACGACAUAUGCGGGCUUCACAGGAAGUGCUGCCGAAAAGACAUGGUUGCCUGUUCAUCCCAACUACAAGGAAUUGAAUCUGGCUGCCCAGAAAGAGGACCCGAAGAGUCUUUUCACUCUGUAUAAAAACUUGAUCCAACUCCGCAAAGAUCACACUUUCAAGUACGGUAGCUUCGAAUCUAAGGCUCUGGUCAACAACGUGUUCGGUUUCACCAGAAAGCUGGAUGACCACAAGUCGUACGCUGUUGUGGUCAACAUGAACUCAAUGGAAGCCCAACUCAACCUGAAGCAUUUGGACGAAGGUAUCGAGAAGUUGAAGGUGGUUCUGAGUGCACCCGAGUCCAAGUAUGCUGUCGAUGAUGUGAUAAGCAACGUCGAGUACCUGACUUUGGACAAAUACGACGCAGUAGUGUUCGAGAUGAGCGGCAGUGCUGCCUUAACUGGAUCGUUGACGUUGCUGCUGGUAGCGGUGCUGAGGUUUUUGUUCUAGGUGGAUCUCAGAGAUAUGUGUUAUAUAAUUUUAAGUUUACAUCGGUUAUCUGUCGUUAUCGGUAUGGAGAUUAAAGUAUUUUGUUCGAUGUAUUUCGAUGAACGUGAA